CACCACUACUCCCGUCUCCGUCACCACUACUACUACUCUCUAUUACCACUACUUCUUCUUCAGGCAAACCCAUCACCAGAAACCGAUAGCAUUGAUGUUGUCGUCAGUAAUAUAUUCCACUCAAAUAAUGGAUAAUUUACCACAACAUCCGCCAAUAGAUCCGCGCAAACAGGAACUACUGGAGGCCCGGUUUACAGGCAAUCAACGGAUAAUAUUCGGCCAAUCAGUGCCUGUAAUCCAAUCGAAUUCAAACUCACUAACGAAUCACCUGUCGGUGUCGUCGGCCUCACCGCAGAUGAUGUCGAUUCACGGCAACAAUUCGGGCGGC